CACCAUCCUCUCGCACGGCUGGGCGAGCAUAUAAGCACGCUGCGCCCCCGUCCGUUACAUCGCCACCCGAUCUCGCCCCGCCUCCCUCUCAGUGUUAUCCGGUCUCCUUCAUCCUGUCUCAUUUCGUCGCCUGCACCAUGUCCGCCCCCAUCGCCAUCCCGACGGGCCAGACGCCGCCGACAUCGACAUCGACCUCGACCUCGCCCGCCACCACGCCCACGCCCGCGCCCACGCUCGCGGCCCUCCUCCCCUCUCCCGGGCUGGGGAAGCGCAAGCGCGAGGUCUCGCAUAUCAGCGGCAUCCCCGUCGCGGUCGUCCUCGCGCCCGCCAAGAUCACGGGGGCGCGCGAGGUGCGCACCCACCGCCGCAUCGAGAAGACAUCUACCGCUGGCCACAUGCCGGCUGCUGAAGCUGAGGCCGAGGCCGGGGUCGAGGAGGCAGAGGGCGAGUGGAGCGACGACGAUAUCACCGUCCUCGUCUAGCUCUCAGUGCUGCGUCCUCUGUACUGCGCAGUCGGUGCCACUCGCCGAUGCUGCGCAGGAGAUUGUAGAAGCCAUCUGGCGUG